CCGAGGCCUGUUGAUCCAAGUUAGAGAAAAGGGCCUGUGGAAACAUGAAGAGGGUAAACAGCUGUGUGAAGAGUGAUGAUCAUGUCCUGGAAGAGUUAGAAACAGAAGGGGAGAGGCAGCUGAAAAGCCUCCUUCAGCAUCAACUUGACACCUCUGUCUCCAUUGAGGAAUGUGUGUCUAAGAAAGAGAGUUUUGCUCCUGGUACUAUGUACAAGCCCUUUGGGAAGGAAGCAGCUGGAACUAUGUCUUUAUCCCAGUUCCAAACAUUGCAUGAGAAGGACCAGGAAACUGCUGCUCUCAGGGAACUAGGGCUCAAUGAAACAGAAAUCUUGAUCUGGAAGAGCCAUGUUUCAGGUGAAAAGAGGACGAGACUGAGGGCAACCCCUGAAGCAAUACAGAACUGCCUUCAAGAUAUUGAAGAAAGGAUCUCGGAGCGUCAGCGCAUCCUUUGCCUGCCACAGAGAUUUGCAAAGAGCAAACAGCUGACCCGGCGAGAAAUGGAAAUAGAAAAAUCUUUAUUUCAGGGUGCUGAUCGUCACUCCUUCCUUAAGGCUCUUUAUUACCAAGAUGAACCCCAAAAGAAGAACAAAGGUGAUCCCAUGAACAACCUGGAAAAUUUUUACCAAGAGAUGAUAAUGAAAAAACGUCUUGAAGAGUUCCAACUUAUGAGAGGUGAACCCUUUGCUUCCCACUCACUGGUCUCAGCUACAUCAGUGGGAGAUAGUGACACAGCUGAGAACCCGCCAUUACUCCAGGACAAGGGAGAACAGGCAGCACAGGGUAAAGGUCCCAGUCUCCAUGUGGCAAAAGUUAUUGAUAAUUCACCUGAGCAGUGUUGGACGGGGCCUAAGAAGCUGACGCAGCCAAUAGAAUUUGUCCCAGAAGAUGAGAUCCAGAGAAAUCGUUUGUCAGAGGAAGAGAUCCGAAAAAUUCCUAUGUUUUCUUCAUAUAAUCCAGGGGAGCCAAACAAGGUGUUAUACCUGAAGAACCUUAGCCCUCGGGUGACCGAAAGAGAUCUUGUAUCAUUGUUCGCUCGGUUCCAGGAGAAAAAAGGACCUCCAAUUCAAUUCCGAAUGAUGACUGGACGAAUGAGGGGGCAAGCUUUUAUCACCUUUCCCAAUAAGGAGAUAGCAUGGCAAGCAUUUCAUCUAAUAAAUGGAUAUAAACUACAUGGGAAAAUAUUGGUGAUAGAAUUCGGAAAGAACAAAAAACAACAGUCUGAUCUCCAGGCUGCUUCUCUCAGAUCGUCUGCUACAGAAAACACUACAAAAAACAGUGGCAGCUAGAAGAUAUGUAGAUUGUGAGUCCCAGGAAGUCUUUCUUGCAUCAGAAUCUUGGAUCUAGGAUUUCUAUAUAGAUAACAGUAUGUUUGGAAUUGAAGAGAAACUGAGGAAGAAAAAUCUAAUUAAGAUAAUCCCUUUAGCUUUUGGAAAGAAUUGGUAGAAAACAUUUUCUAUAAUCAAAGACUAUACAGGACAAAUAAGAUACCAAGUAUGAAGGGUAGGGUACAAAGAGUAUCAUUUUCUCAGGAUAAAUUAACAAAGAAUUAUUUCCAAGCAUAUUUUAAAUCUUUAUACUUUAUCUGUGGUCUUAAAUACUCAUCCCUAAAGAUAACAUUAUUUCCAAGACUGCCACCUAUAUACAGAACUAAAAAACUAAAUGUUGAAAUAUUUAUUUAUUAGAGCCCAUUUGUCCCUAAUUGUGUUCACAUAGUAAAUGAAUGACUAGGCCCCGGGCCUAAACAUCAACAAAUGCUGUUAAAUGAGAAAUAUCAGCAAUAACAGUAGGAUCUGAGACACAUGUCAGUACACAUAUUUAAUGAAUACUUUCUAUUAAGUUAUCAGUGUCUUCAAAAAGCCAUAUAUUUUUCUAAUGAAAGCAUCUAGAUCUCUAUAGUGAUGUUCCCCUGGUCAUUAAACUAGCUACCAUUGAGUAAUCAUUGAAUCCCAAGCAAUAAACAUCAAAUAAGCAUCUAAUAUAUGUUAGGUAUUAGAAGAGGAACAUACUAGAAAAAAUACUAAAGGGGAUAUGGGAAGAAAGAGUUGCAUUUUAGAAGAGGAACAUACUAGAAAAAAUACUAAAGGGGAUAUGGGAAGAAAGAGUUGCAUAGAAGAGAGGAGGCCACUCCCAAAUUCCCCACUUGUUUGUUUAUAGUUGCUGGAGAAAUGAAAGACAGUAUAGUAUAGAGGAAGUGGUACAAACUUUGGACUCACACCUGUGAACUUCAUAGCCACACUUACCACUCCAUGACCUUGACAAGUCACUUAGUCUGAGCCUCAGUUUUCUCAUCUAUAAAAUGAAGAUAAUAAUACUACUUACCUCAUUGGGUUGUAAGAAUUAAAUGAGAUGGUAUUAUCCAUGCUGAAGAACAGAAAAAAAAAAAAGAACAGAGUAUAUAAUCAUUAAGUACUCCAACAUACUUGCAAUGAGAGUACAAAAAAAAAAAAGAGAAGAGAAAGAAACAGAAAAAAUAUUCUAAUAAAUAAUGGCUGUAAACACCCCAAAUUAAUGAGAAGCAUUAUCUUCACAUCCAAGAAUCUCAGUGAACUCCAAGUAGGGUAACAAGAAGAAAUCUACAGACAUAUUAUAAUAAAAAUGCUAAAACACAAAGACAGAAAGUCUUGGAAGCAACCUGAGAAAAAUUAAACAUGACUCAAUGGAUUGCCAAUAAGAUUAACAGCUGACUUCUCAUGAGAAACAAUGGAGGUGGCAGUGGGAUAACAUAUUCAAAGUGCUCAAAGGAAAAAUAUGUCAAUAUAGAAUCCUACAUCCAAUAAAACAAUUUUUCAAAAACGAUGAAACAAAGACAUUCCCAUGUAAUCAAAAAUAGAGAAUUUGUUGUUGGCACACCUGAUUUACAGGAAAUAGUAAAGAAAGUUCUUCAGGUAGAAAGCAAGUGACCUCAGACAGUAAUUUGAAUCUAAGCAUACAAAAAAUAACAUGGGUAAAUUUAAUUAUCCUAUAUAAUAAAAGGCUAAUAUGCAAAUAGACCAAACAAUGGAACGACCGGUCGCUAUGAUCCACACUGACCACCAGGGGGCAGACACUCAAUGCAGGAACUACCCCCUGAUGUUCAGUGCGCUCCCACAGGGGGAACACCACUCAGCCAGAAGCUGGGCUCAUGGCUGGCAAGUGCAGUAGCGGUGGUGGGAGCCUCUCCCGCCUCUGUGGCAGCACUAAGGAUGUCCAACUGCCAGCUUAUAUAGGCCCAGGGAGCGAGCCUAAGCCAUCAGUCGGACAUCCCCUGAGGGCUUCUGGACUGUGAGAGGGCGCAGGCCCUCCCCCCGCCCCCCCGGAGUGCACAAAUUUUGUGCACCAGGCCUCUACUGUAAUUAUAAAAGCCAGUUUAAGUUAAUUUCCCUUUUAAUUGAAAAGUUUUAUAGACCAGUAUGUAUGUAGUUGCAUUUUGGGGCCUACAACAUAUGAAACUGU